AUGUAUUGGUUACACACAACGGCCAUACUUUGGCGACAAGGAGUCGCAAAGCAAAAGUGGUAUUUUGGGAAUGACGGUUCUCCUACUGGCACAGCUGGCUGUAAUGCCGCGAACGACCAAAAAUAUAUCAUUAAUAUCCCCGUAUGUGACAUAUUUUAUGAUUCACCAAUUACUUCAAUUGGAUAUACACCUUUAGCUCUUCCUCCUCCAGCAUUUUUAAUGCUAUUGUUGCAAUCGAUUUAUACGAAGUCCAACAGGCGGUUUUAA